GUCGACAAAUUCGUCCUCCCAUCUAUUCUAUCAAGCAGUCUAAACUCCGCAAGAGAAGGGUCGUUCGUUUCGCUAUCUUGUACUUUGCGAUGCUUGUCUUGUUCCUCGUCCUUCUCAUCGCGCCCCUGAUUGCCCGGAAUAUGAGUAUCUCGUUACCCACCAUUCCGAUGGAUCUCAUGCAGCCCCUGGACGCCAACAACAACGACACUACCACCGACUACACGGGUGCGGGUCUCCCUAAGGGCUACAUCGCCGCAUCGUCGGCCGCAACGACAUCGUAAAGGCUGUCUUGUUUCUUUCAAAACUACACUUUGCUACAUUAUCCGGAUAUUGAUCAUGGAAACGAGUUGUAUAAACUAUUCAGCGCCUUGAAGUUGCUGCUGAACCUUGUUUGUUUGUUUUUUUUUCCCCCUUAUUUUUGAAUUUCUUUCCUUCUUGUCGGAAUCUCUUCAUGGACGGUUCCUCUGUUAACAUUAAUGGACCCGAUAUUUACCAACUUGUUC